AUGUCCGACUCGGCUUCGUCCUCACUGGGCGAUGGGGGCUUCCCUGAUCGCGGGCCCGCCGUCUUCGCCGUCACCGCGGCCACUCUGGUCCUCGCCACCGUCUUCGUCGCCGCUCGCAUGUUCUGCCGGACCUUCAUCGUCCGCAACCUCACAUGGGACGACCGCGUCAUGAUGCUUGCAUGGCUGUUCGCAUUCUUCCUCUCCUUCACCAUCUGCUUUGGCGCCCGCAAUGGCCUCGGUAGACAUGACAUCAACAUCCCCGAUCAUAAGCGACCGGCCCUCCGCCGCUGCGAAUACGUCUUCUCCAUCCUCUAUAAUCCUGCUCUGAUGGCGACCAAAACCUCCGUCCUCAUCUUUUACUUGCGCCUCGCCAAAAAUACCCAAAGGGUCCUCCGCUUUGCAUCAUGGCUUACCCUUGGCAUUGUUAAUACUGCAGGCAUCAUCCUCACCUUCAUGAACGUCUUUCAGUGCAGCCCCACUCAAGGCGCCUGGGACGCCAGCUACGACGACAACACCAAAUGCAUCCCGCUCCUCACCGAAUUCAUUUGCUCCUCGCCUGUCAACAUCGUCACCGACUUGGCCAUCCUCGCUCUGCCGAUCCCUGUUCUCACCGGCAUGCGCCUACCUUCGCGACAAAAAACCAUUCUCGUCCUCACCUUCACCGUCGGCAUUUUCGUUACCGUUGUCGAUGUUGUUCGCAUCUACUACCUUCAGCAAGCCAUUGCCGAAACGCCCACUGGCAGCUCCAGUGAUUCUCAAUCCAGAUUCGGCGGCCAGACCGACUUUGCUUGGAAUGCCUCCAUGUCCCUCAUGUGGAGUGCUGUCGAGGUUAAUGUCGGCAUGACUUGUGCUUGUGUUCCUACUCUCAAACCCCUCGUCCUGAAGCUUCUCCCGUCCAUGUUAUACGAUGCCAAUGGAAGCAGGAGUAGCACAUCUAAAGGCCCUAACGAUUCGGAUACGCCAUCCACGGGUAACCGCGCCAGCAUGCAACCCCCACCCCCCGUCGCAUUUCCCGGUAUGCAACAACCCCUCAACGACUCCACCGCCCCGAUGAGUGCCAUGGAGUUCUUGACGACCCCCUUCAUGGAAUCUCCACACGAAGCUUCCCAGCAUAGAAGUCCUCCUAUUCACGCCGAUACCACCUUGACCUCCUCCACAGGAUCCCAGGAGCAAGGCAUCUAUUUUGGAUUCGUCAACAUGUCUAGGCCCAAGAGUAUGUUGAAGUGCAACGCAAGAGAGUCUUUCAAGUACUGUACCAUCGUCUCGAUCCUCUUCCUCCUAUGGGGUAUAUCAUACGGUCUAUUGAAUACUCUCAACAACGUCAUUGCGUCCGUAAACAACAUGUCGACGGCUGAAACCCUCGGCAUGACAAGCGUGUAUUUUGGCGGUGGGUACUUUUUUGGUCCCUUGUUGGUAGGCGAAUGGAUCCUCCGACGAGACGAACAUAACCGAUCGAGGCGCCACAAGCGAGGCGGCAACGACGCCGUGGGCGGGUUCAAAGUCACCUUUAUCGUGGGACUCUGUUUUUACGGCGUCGGGACCGUCAUCUUCUGGCCUUCAGCCGUCAUGAAGUCUUAUGGAGGCUUCAUGCUCAGCAAUUUCGUCGUUGGCUUUGGCCUCUCUGUCCUGGAGGUCGGCGCCAAUGCCUUCUUGAUCCUCUGUGGACCCGCAGAGUAUGGCGAGACUCGUCUGCUCUUAGCCCAAGGCGUGCAAGCAGUGGGUAGUGUGCUCAGCGGCCUCCUAGCGCAGAAGGUUUUCUUCAAGGGCAUUGCCGACGUGGAAACUACCACGAGCAUGACGCUCAUCAACGUCCAAUGGACGUACCUCGGCAUCACCCUGCUCUGCGUCAUCCUAGCUCUCUUCUUCUAUUACAUGCCACUCCCCGAGGUUAGCGAUAGUGAGCUUGAAGAGUCGGCUAAGCGGUUGCCAAUCGACCCCCAGAAGAAGAAUAACGGCUUGCAGCUGCGCACCUGGAGCCUGAUCCUCGCUAUUCUGGGGCAGUACACGUAUGUCGCUGCGCAGGAAUGCAGCAGCAUCUUCUUCCGCAGCUUGAUGAUCUCCAUCCUCCCUUCCCACGCGAAUACAGGCGAAGACGCCGCCAGUGGAACCAGUCGGGCGUCUAACCCUGAUAAACCGCCGGGCAUCGCCCUCUCGAUCCCCGACUACCUGCUCAUUGCGCACACUGCCUUUGCUGUUUCUCGAUUUCUAGCCGCAGGAUUUACCUACAUCUCCGUCGGCCGCUCCCGUCUCCCACAGCCUCGCACUGUCCUCACCGUCUGCAUCACCUUGUGCUUUCUCCUGGCUCUUCUUCCAGUUGUGCUCACACCGCCAAACCCCAACCUACUCGUUCUGCCCAUCGUCCUGUUCUUUUUCUUCGAAGGACCUAUCUGGCCGCUGAUUUUUGCAAUUGGCCUUCGAGGUCAAGGCAGACGGACAAAGCGCUCUGCUGCUUUCAUCACUAUGGGUGCCUCUGGCCCGGCAUUCUUCCCCUUUGUCAUGUACGGCAUCAUUACGAAUGGUGGAACGGUCAAGAUCGCUUUCUCCGUUGUCAUUGCUCUCCACGCCCUGACACUGGGGUAUCCCAUCUUCUUGGAGUUUGUCACUGAUGCUAAAAUUUUGGUGGAUCCAUGUCCGGUCCUUAGAGAUGCCCCAGCAGAUAUUGAGCAGUCCCCAAUAGAGGCAGCUAUCGCGCAGCGACGACUUCGCCAAAGCGCCCCCAAGGAGAAAUCCCAAGGAUUUUUUGACAAAGUGUCAAGGGGGGUCGGCGCUAAACUAUUGGGCUCGCGUCGUCGAUCAUCCCAGCCCUCAAUCCAACAUAAUGAGAAUAAUUCCGGUGGCUCGCCACGGAUAUAA